CUACGCAUGAUCUCGGUUAUUUACUUCCUGGUUGGGCAGGAGAGUGUUUUUUCCUAGCAACAUGGAUGGAAUUUCAGCGAAACUGUGUACAAGUGACACUGUAAAAGUCCCUGAAAGUGUUUUACGCCGGGAUCAGGCAAGACUGGAAGAGUUAGAGCGCCGCAAAAAUGCUAAAGAGAGUCAAACAGUUUCGGAGGAAAAGAUCUGUUACUUCAGCGCUACGUUUAGCGCGGAGAAGGCUGUUAUUGAGGAAUUGCUAUCAAGCUGCGCAUCGGCUGAGCACCAGAAAGCCGCGAAGGUGUUAGAGGAGGCGACAAACAAGAUUCAAGACCUUCAGAAGUUCCUGAACGAUAGCACGGUGUUUCUCACACAGUACGAACUAAGACAGGCGCAAGAAUCUCUGCAGAAACUGCAAGGCUCUGUAGCUGAGAAAAGAGCUGAGGUGAUGCCCAAAAAGAAAUUCGCUUUCCGGUCACGUGCGGCCGGGGCGAGUCAGCAGGCAGCACCCGGUACCGGUACCAGUACCACUCCCUCGAGCAGUGAAGGAAAACCGCAAGCAGAUCCUGGGCAUACUGUGGUGGACUCUGUGAUCAUUGCUGAACAGUGCGGUUUCUCAAAUGCCCACAAUGAAGUUCUAAUCAAACAGUCAGAAGAGAUCCAGCAACGGGACGUCCUGUUGUCUCACCUGACAAACUGCAAGGUGAGACUUUACGGCUCACCGAGUACCCUGCAUAUUAAACACGUGAGCGAUUGCCAAAUCCUCAGUGGGCCUGUGUCCAGUUCAGUUUUCAUCGAUGAGUGUAAAGACUCCACUCUAGUACUGGCCUGUCAGCAGCUGCGCACCCAUAACACCACAUCGACCCAAAUAUACCUCCAUGUCACCAGCCGAGCAAUAAUAGAAGACUGUCGUGGUGUCUGUUUUGCUCCUUUCAACUGGAGGUAUCCUCAACUCGAUGAAGAUUUUCAAGUGUCCGGACUGGACCCCAAAAGAAACAAUUGGUCUCAGGUGGAUGAUUUCAACUGGCUUGCUGCUGGGACACCUUCACCUAACUGGACCAUAAUUCCAGAGUCUGAGAGGACGUAUUGUUGGGACGCUGCAGAGCCAGAAGCAUGACCUGACACUUUAAUCCUUCUAAAUUAAAAUUAAAACUUGAUAUAAUAACGUUGCAAUGUUUUAAUUCCAGUAUUAACAGAUUGCUUGACUUAAUGAGAUGUCUUAAAAUUCCCUUGUACAAAUAAACAUGUUGAAUGCA